CUGUGUCGUUGAGGGAGAGUCCAGCUGAAGUUACAGUUGAACAUUCGUUGUCAUAAUAAUGCGGUGAUGAUCAUGAAUCGACAGCAGAGCGAUCAGGGCGUCGUGUUAACCGCCUUCAUCAGUAACAAUGAAGAGUUACCGGCCGUCAGCUGCAGUAGAGAACACACCGAGAGCCAUAAGAUGGGUCAGUAUAAUGUCCAGAGGUCCAGAGGUCCGGCGGCGGGGAAGAGUCCGUAUCAGCGCUGUAACUCACAGGAAUCUCUGGAUGAGAAGGUGAUGGUGGAUUAUUUUAAAGAGCUGGAGAUCAUUCAGCACACCAGAGACACUGAACAGCCUGAAGACGUCCAGCUGAAGGUGCCUGAUGAAGGUGAACAGGAAGAGGCGUGGCUGACAGAGGCGGGGCUAGCAACACUGUUUGACGAGUCUGCGACAGAUGGUGAGGAUAGCAUCGUGUUUCUGUCCACGCUGACCCGAACACAAGCGGCUGCCGUCCAGAGGCGUGUGGAAACUCUUAAUCAGACGUUACGCAAACGAAACAAACCCCACAGCGUCCCAGAUGUCCGAGAUAUCUUUAAACCGUCGUCCUCUUCAGAAAAUACAGCUGAUGUGACGUCUCCAGAGAGAAGUUUGGGUGAUACUCCAGAAGUCCAAACACUGGGUAAUGGGGCGGGGCCUGAGGCUCAGGGGGGCGGAGCUGACAAUGAGACGGACAUUAACCUGGAGGUGUCAUUCUCUGAGCAAGCUCUUAUCUAUAAGGAGGGGUUGAAGGUCGCUCAGCCUCGGCGUGAAGCUGACGACAGGUUACCCGAUUUUAAAGUGUCUCAGGAUAAGACGGGCCAGACGAGAGCUGGAGACCUGUCGACUGAGGACAUGAAGAAAGUUCGCAGGCUUGUCGUCAUUGAGAUGAGCGCUCUUUUUGACACGUGUGGAAUCGAGAUGAAAACUCACAAAGCGCUGAAGAUGAAAGUCAAGGAGUCAGGUUUGUUCGGCGUUCCUCUCCCGACCCUGUUGGAACAAGACCAGCGGAGGAUCCCGGGAACCAAAGUGCCUCUAGUACUGCAACACUUGAUGUCACAUAUAGAGGAGCAGGGUUUAGACAUAGAGGGUGUCCUGAGGAUACCUGGGGCUGCCACUAGAGUAAAGUCAGUGUGUCAGGAGAUGGAACAGAAGUUUUAUGAUGGGAUGUUUCCGUGGGAGAGUCUCAAGCAGCAUGAUGCAGCCAGUGUCCUGAAACUCUUCAUCAGAGAACUGCCAUUCCCUCUGCUCACUGUAGAAUACUUCACUGCCUUCCUCUCUGUGCUCAAGCUGCCAACUAAGAAACAGCAGCUACAGGCGCUCAAUCUGCUAGUGCUCCUGUUACCAGAACACAACAGAGACACACUGAAGGCUCUGAUGGAAUUUUUCCAGAGCGUGAUCGAUCAUAAGGACAAGAAUAAGAUGACGCUGAACAAUGUUGCCGUGGUGAUGGCCCCCAACAUCUUCAUGUGUAAAGGCUUUCGCAAUAAGAUCAGUGAACAGGAAGAGUUUGCCAUGGCAACCGGCACCGCCAACAUCGUCCGGCUUCUCAUCCGUUACCAGAACCUGCUGUGGACGAUCCCCAAGUUCAUUCUGAAUCAGGUGCGCAAGCAGAACACAGAGAACCAGCGCAAGAUGAACAGAGACAGAGCCGUUAAAAAACUGCUGAAGAAGAUGACCCAUGACCGUGAGAAGACCUCCGACAAACCAGAGAAAAACACUGAGGCUGAAGGCUUCAUACGGGUUCAAGCUCCUCAGUUCUCGAUGGUCUCUAUGGCCGUACAGCUGACCGAUGAUCUGAAAGCUUCUGAUGUUCUAACACGUUUUCUUACUCAAGAGAGGUCUGUGACUGUAAAGAGAGAAGAUUUGUGUCUCUUUGAGACGGGAGGAAACAUCAAGGAGAGAUGUCUGGAUGAAGAGACGUACAUCAGAGCUCUUCUGGAGCUCAACCCCAGCGCAGAAUUGGUCCUUAAAUCUGUCAAUCAUGCUCAGGGCUGACCCGCCUCCAAACCUGCCAAUCCACCAAUCACAGCACACGCCUUACAGAGGACAUCAUCAACACAUCUCUCAUGUACCUGUAACGCUCACUCACAACAAACUCUUUUCAUUUGGUUCAUGCGGCACUCGGUUAUGACAUUUCACAUGUUUAAUUGCUGUUAGAAACACUUAUGUUGCUAGUUUUCAUAUGUUCAGCUUCAAUGACUCUCAGGAAAACAAAUCUGUGACAGAUUUCACAAAUACCACAGCUAAAGAGAGCGCGAUUCUGACUGUUCUGUAUGUUUUAGCAUAUCACAACAAUCCUCCAGUAUAGUAGAUUUUUUUCUGUUUCUUUCUAAAAAGAGAUAACUCCGUUUUUAAAUUGAUUUAUCUCAUUAUGGAAAUAAACUAUAUUGGUGGGAUGAAAUGAGACCUGAAUAUUUAAAUACUUACAAAUAUGAUUCGUUUUUUAUAUGCAAUUUAUCAGAAUAUUCUCAACCAAACGUGUCUAGACUUGCAUUUCAUAGUUUCUUCAUGAAAUAUUUGAGAGAUUGUGUAUAUUAUUUUCGUUGUUCAGGUGUGCAGAAGUCUCUCUACUGAAGUCAUGUUUUAGGGUUAGUGUAACAUGUUUGUUCAUGUGUUCAAUGAGCUGUUUCAUGUUUUAAAACCUUUGAGAAGAUCAUUUUUUCUGCUCAUGAAGAUCUGAGAUGUUUAUGACAAAGGAUGUCAGAAGUCAAGCUGACCUCACAGAACAGGAUUGGUCCAAACCUGUAUAAAUUAAGGAAAAGUAAGAUAUUUAGAAAAAUGUCAGAUCUCACCCCCUAUUGACUCCCGUAGUAUUUAUUAUCCCUACUAUGGGGGCGACAUCUGACAUUUUUCCGAAUUUCUUACUGUGUUCAACAAAACAAAGACAUUUAUACACGUCCAAUCUGAGGGCGUGUAAAUGAUGACGAAAUUUUCUUUUUGGGUGAACUGUCCCUUUAAACUCAACUUCACAAUGAUGUAGACGUCAUUCAGACUAGACGAGAUUAGUUUUUUGUAUUAUUGUUUGUUCAGCAAACUGUGAAGUUGAUAGAAUUUACUUUGUUUUAAUGCUUCAGAAAUAACCACUAAAUGUUUUUUUAAUAAAAGUUUAAUUCAUUA